AUGAACGCAUUAAGUCAGUUUCAUCAACCACCAGGCUUCGUUGUCUAUAACUCUGUGGAUCGAAUACCAACGGAAUUUAAAAGCUUCAAAUCGAUUACAAAACAACUGAAAGAAUACUAUACGACCCAUCCGAAGUUCCGUAUUUUAUCGGCAGGACAGUCUGAGUUAGGGGAAAGUUAUAACGUAGACGCAAAGCCUAUUGGAAUACGAAAAUAUGGAUCUUCAAGUUUCCGCCACAAGCCUGCUGGUAACGCGGGAAUUUUGAAAAAUUAUAUUCCUAGUGAAAUCACUGAACAGGACACCUCAGACUACGACUGGUCUCAAAAUGUGAACAAAUAG